AUGGAAUCUCAAUCUCUACUGACAAGUCUCGUUGACUAUCGCAGUCCAAAUGUCACAAUUCUAAGCACGACCGUUUUGGCGGUUAUAGUGGCGUUCGCUCUGCUAAACCGCCUACUAACUCCCCGCAUUGACCCACGUGAACCGCCCGUCGUGAAACCGUCAAUUCCGUGGGUAGGACACAUCAUCGGGAUAAUUCGUCACCAAGCAGAUUAUAGCAGAAUCCUCCACAAUGAGAAUCCUCACGUCAAAAUCGCGACCCUGCCCAUGCUCAACGGCAAAGUCUACGCCGCCUUCGAUCCCGCCCUGCUCCAAACUCUCCUCCGCAAUAAAACCGCGUCCUUCGAGCCCUUUGUCUUCGACUACGCGAAGAAGACAUUCGCGUUAAAGCAAGAAACGUUUGCGAAGGUUAAAGUACCCGGAGUUUACGAUGAAUUCACCGAGGCGAUCCAUGCGAGCUUUCAGGUUAGGCACUUGCAUCACAUGAAUGUGCAUUUCCUGGGUAGCAUCGCUGCGAAGCUGAACCGCGCGACGAUACGUGCCGAUUCGAUCAAUGCGGGAAAAGAGACGGUCGCAAAUGGAAAACUGCACGUGGAGAAUUUAUAUCUUUGGUGUCGCGACGUUAUGAGCCUCGCUACAACGCGUUCUCUGUACGGCGACACCGAUCCGUUCAAUCGCGAUCCCUCUUUAAUUGACGACAUGUGGUAUGGCGCCCCAUCCGGCAUCUACGCAUCGCUAACAAGCCAGGCUUUUCGAAGAAUCAGUCCCUUACUUCCUCCUCUCGCUCUUCCCCUCAAUCACGAUGCCAAAAGCCUACAAAGCGCGCUCCACGCUCCAAAACAUCGCCUGCAGUGGUACUCCGAAGACCACGACAUUCACGACCCCAGCGUCUCGGCCCUUGUACGAAAUCGCGCCGGAGCACUACGAAAGAACGGUCUUACGGGAUACGAGAUUGGCAAGUUUGAGGUUAUUCUCCCGAACGUGGCGACGCUUAAUGCCGUGCCGACGUUCUACUGGCUCUUGCUGUAUAUCCUCGACCGACCGGAUCUUCUUGCGCGAAUACGAGCCGAAGCUGAGGAUGCAGCUGUCGUGGAGGAUAAUAAUGGGAAGAGGAGUGCGACGUUUAAUAUCGCGGAUUUUGAAGAGAGGUUGCCUCUGCUGGUCAGCUGUUAUCGCGAGACGUUGCGGCUUGCGAACCAGACUCUCAGCAUGCGACGUAUCCUCCAAGACACAAGCGUCACGACGGCCGAAGGAACAACAUACAUUCUCAAAAAGGAUACCGACCUGCAACUCCCCGCCGGCGUAGCCCACUACGAGGACAGUGUCUGGGGCGCAGACGUCAACGUCUUCAAUCCAGAGCGCUUCCUCCCCGCAUCCAAGGGCAGCGCAGAAGACGAGCGCAAGCGAAAAGCAGCGUACAUACCCUUCGGCGGCGGUCGCCAUCUGUGUCCCGGCCGGAACCUCGCUUUCGCAGAGAUCAUCGGCUUCUCGUCUGCUCUACUACUGGGCUUUGAGAUUGAGGCUGUGGGGAUGGGCUUUGGCGAUGUCAAGAUGCUGGGGCCGCAGCUAGCGGGCGGGACGGUAAGGCCUGAGAGGUAUGGCGCUGGGUUGGGUGCUGAGAUGGCGAUGAGGCGGGGAUGGGAAGAUGUGGAGUGGAGGUUUGAGUGCUGA